GGAGGAGAGGCUGAGUUGACAGUGUGACAGACUCUCUCAGGGACUCAUUGGACUAAUCUCCGGGCCGGUUCUCUGUCAGUCGGUACUGACUGUCUACACACUGACCACCGCACCGCACCGCACCGCACCGCACCGCACCGCACCGCACCGCCCCGCACCGCACCGCACCGCAGCUCUUCAGAUGAUCAGGAGAAGAUAGGAUUGAAUUGAGCACCAACAGCGCAGUAGGACUAAGCUCUGUGAAUAUUUGCAGUUACCGUCCAGCAGUGGAGUCAAUACCCUGAAUCUACCUCGAGAGACCUCGCCUAACUACCCAGGAGGAGAUGGAGAACUGACCAGAGACCAGCAGGCAACAAAAGGAAGCUCCUCCCCCUUCCACCUGCAGCCAUGGCGGGGCUAAAACGCCAUCAUGAUGGAAAAAUCGCUGGGUUGUAUGACCUCGACAAGACACUGGGACGAGGACACUUUGCUGUGGUUAAACUGGCCCGACAUGUAUUCACUGGGGAAAAGGUGGCAGUGAAGGUGAUCGAUAAGACCAAGCUGGACCCGGUGGCGCGGGGGCACCUUUUCCAGGAGGUGCGAUGCAUGAAGAUGGUGCAGCACCCCAACGUGGUGCGCCUCUACGAGGUCAUCGACACGGCCACCAAGCUCUACCUCAUCCUGGAGCUGGGAGACGGAGGAGACAUGUACGACUGCAUCAUGAAGCAUGACGGAGGCCUCACUGAGGAGGUGGCCAAGUGUUACUUCGCCCAAAUCGUCCACGCCAUCUCCUACUGUCACCGGCUGCAUGUGGUGCACCGGGACCUGAAGCCGGAGAACGUGGUGUUCUUCGAGAAGCAGGGCGUCGUCAAGCUCACCGACUUCGGCUUCAGCAACCGGUUUCAGCCCGGGAAGACACUCAACACCUCCUGCGGCUCGCUGGCCUACUCUGCUCCUGAAAUACUGCUGGGGGACGAGUAUGACGCUCCGGCUGUGGAUAUCUGGAGUCUGGGGGUGAUCCUCUUCAUGCUGGUCUGUGGCCAGCCCCCCUUCCAGGAGACCAACGACAGCGAGACGCUCACCAUGAUCAUGGACUGCAAAUACACAGUGCCUGCGCAUAUCUCCAAUGCAUGCAAAGACCUCAUAGCCCGGAUGCUGAAGCGGGACCCCAAGAAACGAGCGACCCUAGAGGAGAUCGGGGCCCACGAAUGGCUUCAAGGCGUCGACCCCUCCCCGGCCACCAAGCUGUCCACCCCUCUGGUGUCCCAUCGCAGCCUGUCGGAGGAGGAGCACAGCUCCAUCAUCCAGCGCAUGGUGCUGGGGGGGAUCACAGACCGAGACACCAUAACUGAGGCUCUGGAGUCGAAUCAGUACAACCACAUCACGGCUACAUACUUCCUGCUGGCUGAGAGGAUGCUGAGGGAGAGGCAGGAGAAGGAGCAGCACAGCCAGACACGAUCACCGAGCCCCAGCAAGGCCCAGUUCAGGCAGUCCUGGCCCACCAGAGUGGACGUUCACCAGGAUGUCAGUGACGGCUUGGGGGGUCCGACUAUCUCCCACCCCGGGGGGCCGCAGUCACCCGCCCGCAGUGCUGAGAGCCUCCACAAAGGCCCCCGGCCCAAAACGGCUCUGCUGGACCUCAGCCAGCGGCAGGAGAUCCACAUGCAGGCGUCCAGCCAUCAGCAUCCUGCGCGACAGAACCAGGAGAGGGGGCUCAGGCCUCCGGUGAAGCCCCACUCCAACCCCCUCAGGCUGGGCUCUCUGACCUCAGUCGGCCCUUGCAAACCUCGUAGUCCCAGCCUUUUCAGCGUAGAGGAGGAUGAGGAAGAAGAAGGGGAUGAUAAAUGUCUACCGCCCUUUACACUACCUGCUCAGGUGGUGCUCCGCCACAAAGCCUCCUCCUCCUCAUCCAUGUCUUCCUCUGCUAGCCGUCUGACAUCCCGUAUGAGCGCUCCGGUUCUCAACCAGAUCCACGAGGAGGACAGAGAGGAGGAGGAGGAAGAGGAGGAGAGGAGGGAGCUGCACGGAUUCGGCCCUCCCAAACCCAGCCUCAGCCUCAAUCUGAACUCUAGAAUACCAUCACUUUCAACGCUCACAUCAUCGCCCCAAACGGGUGGUGUAACGGCACCGGUCGCCGCCUUCACCCCCAGCUCGGAGACCAGUGACGACGAGACAGAAAGCCACCACAAACCAGAUACGGCGACUCUAGGCGGACAAGGGGACGAGAGAGGAGGGAGGAACGAGGACAGAGACAGAAGGGGAUCAGGGCAGGGCAGUCCCUCCAACUGCGCCAGUCCUGGAUCAGGUUCGGGCCAAGGCAAGGGCACACCCAAAGCCUCCAGCGGCCUGGUGGAGAGCUUGAAGCUAAUGAGCUUGUGUUUGAGCUCUCAGUUCCACAACCUGACGGGAGGAGGAGGAGGAGGUGGAGGAGGUGUUGGCGGCGGCGGCGGCAGUGGGGGCGUUGUUGGCGGGGACACCCAGGACCGUCCCAUGUGGAGGAUGUGCAUGGGCGGCUCCACCGGUAGCCUGGAUAAGGUCUCGCUGCUCGGUGGGCCCUCGCCCAGGGGGAACCUGUACCACCACCAACCCCCGCUGGGUGGAGACGCGCUGGCAGACCCGCUGCUGGACGGGCCCUGCACGGGCACGCUGAGGCUGGGAGAGCUGGACCUGGCCCGGGAGAACCACAGGAACAUGAAGAACCGCGUGCUGCAGAUGCCCCUGAGCGACAAGACUCUGUCCGUCAACAUCCACCGGAGCCCCAAGGAGGGUCUGCUCUGUACGCCGACCCCGCACAGCUGCUGCCAGGUCAUCUAGAGCUGCACCUCCACGCUCAUCUGAACAUCCCUUAUCAUCUCGCUUUCCAUGACUUUUUUUUUUUUAAAGCCGUUUCCUAUUAUUUAACACUUUACGACGGUGGAUAGCUGGGAGGGAGUCCAAAUGCCUACUUUGCACAUUUUAGAGACGCAAAAAAAAAAUAAUAAGUGUCUCGGUGGAGGACACUGGGUGCCACGCCAAGUAUGUGAAGCACUUUCUGCAGAUUAAACAGGAACACUAAAGGGACAUUUUAAACCCACUGGUGUGUUUAAAGAGGAAACAUUAAGUAUGAAAAACUGACACAGGAGGUGCUAACAUCCCUGCUCUUACACACAUGUAUAUACUGUAUGUACACAUUUGGUGCACAUCCACACGCACACCUACAUCACUCUCUGAUAAGCUGGUAAAAAGGGAUACCUGAUGAGUUUAAGUGUCAUGUUACAUAGUGUAUUUUGUUGUACUUGAUGCUGUUUUUUUACCAUUAUUUUUAAUAAUUCCUUUUUUUCAGACAAUCAUUUUAUGCUGUUUUUUUUUAUUAUGACUGAAAGAGUUAAGUUAUGCCUGUGUGUGUGUGUUUUUUUUUUUCAUUCUAAUGAGGACAAAGAACAGGGUGAAAAUGAACUAAGCAGCACUAAAGUGUGAUGGUGGCAUCACAGUAUUUUGUAGUCUUAUCACUGUUUUAUUUUUCUAUCUCAAAACUUGCUCCGCAGACUCAGAAAGAAAAAGGCACACUCACUUGUCAAGUCUCUGCACAGUCACACCGCAGAGUUUGUACAUAUGUGAAUAACCUUCCUAGCAGUACUCUGUACUUGUAGUAUUGACGGUAAAGUUGUUUCGCAGUAGUAAACCUGAUUACUAGAUCCUUUACACACCAUUAAUCUCGUUUUGGUUGAACCCAGAGGUAGACGUGUGUUUGGUGGCAGGAAAUGAACACUGAAAUGAAACCAAAACUGAAUUAUUAUAAAAGCAACGGCAGCUCUUUAAGAUUCAAAGCGAAUGACUUCUGGGUUGGAACCGAAAACCGUGAACAUCCCGUAGCUUUCCAGGAUCACGGUAGCCACAGUUGUAGCAUAUUCCAAGACGAAAACAACAAAAAAAGGGGGUUUCAAUAGAACAUAACAACACCGCCCCUUCAAGUAUCGGUCCGUGUACCUGGAUGUGUGACCCACCCCUAGUGGAAUAUAUAUAACCUGAUCGGUGCAUGUGUUUUCUUGCUGUAGCAACAUUAUUCUUGCCCACUGAGGUCAAUCCACCCGCUGUAUCUACCCAAGUAACGGAUUCAAGUGGUCACUUUACCGUAGCCUCACAACAAAACCAGCGACUGCAAAAUGUACAACAAAAAUGGAUGUGCCAUAAAAAUCUGU